UGCUCCUACCACUAGUAGUCAUAGUGGGAAUGUUACCAUUGGACCUAGGAUUCGUAAAUCUAGGUUGGAUUCCUUCUUUGUGCCUCGCACUACUCCUGGGUCCCAACCGUCGCUUGAGGGCAUGGGUUGGAACAAGGAGGUCCAUGAUGCUGCUAAAAUGGCAAUUGGCAGGUUUUGGAGCUACAACUGUAUUCCAUUCUUUGUAGCCAGGUCUCCUUAUUGGCAACAAAUGGUUGAUGCCAUUACCAUAUGCGGGGCGGGGUUCAAAGCCCCUAGUGAGAGUGAUUUGAGGGGACCCAUUUUGUCUCAAAUGGUGGAUGAUGUGAAAAAGGAUUUAGAUGAACAACGCCACAUAUGGAGCACUAAAGGUUGCACCAUCAUGACUGAUGGUUGGACGGAUAGGAGAAAUAGAACUCUCCUUAAUUUUCUUGUUUCUUCCGCAGGUGAUUGAUUAAUUUUAGUUUCA